GCAUUUACAAGGUUCAAAAUUAAAGAGUACUCAGAAACUAAAAACCAUUUUGUAUCCAAAGACAUGGAAAAGAUUCACAAAGAUGAAGAUGGAGAUUUGUCACCUCCAAGAAAACAUACUAAGCUGGGAGAUUCUGAUGUCAUUACAAUAGGUACAGUUAGUUCCAGGGAUGUAGCUUAGGAAUAGCUAUGCAGACUUACCGUACACAAUAAAGCUAGCUGUUUUACUCCACAUCUUUAAUGUCAAAAGUACCCCUUGUCUUUGCCCAGUGCAAUUUGACCCAGUAGUAAGCUCUCUUUCAGCCAGUGAAAUCAACCAGCAGCCGCUUAUUGGUUACAUCCCUGCAGAUCAGUUAUAUUUUGUUUAAUGUUUGUGAGUCCCUCCUCUGGUUUUAUUUUACUGUAAAUCCUCUAUUAAGCCCCCUGGAGGGCUUAUUUUUUUCAAACAUGUUGGGCGGCAGCUUGACAGACACUGGGGGCUUGUUUGAGAGGGGGGCUUAUUUAAUUUAGAAAAGACAAUGGUAUAAGUUCUCCAUGAAGAACUAGAAUACAAAUUGGAAAAGCUCAAGUACAAGAAGUUGGAGGGCUUGCAACCGGGUAUCAAAAAAAAGUCUGAACAUCUAGUUGGUAAAUCACCAUUCUGGAUCAGUCAACACAAACUUUUGCAGUCGCAGGUGAUUAAUUAAUAUAGUCUAUCAGUCACUAGUGAAGAAUAAUAGGGGGGGGGUGGGCUUAAAGAGUUGGGGGGGAGCAUACAGGUUUAAUAGCAUACUUUUAGGUAAGAUUUUAUAAAGUUAUCUCAGCUAUUUUAAGAAUAAUGUUUGUCACAAGUACAUGAAGCCUGCAAAUGCGAUGACCGGCAAUAUGUCUGAGUUCGCAGGUUAAAGUACAUAAAAUUUUUAUUCUAUAGAUAAUGACAAACCAUUGCUUUAAUUUAUUUUAUUUUGCUCUUGUUUUGCUUAUAUGUACUAGAGCAUUGUCUGUCCACUCCAAUGAAAGAUGUGGGACUGCAGGUGAUUAUUGAUUAUCUAAUCCCUUUUAAACUGAAAAAAAAAACAGACAGUAACACAGGAAGGAGAAAGAGAAAUGGCUUUUCUAUGACUCAAUUUUGCUUGAAAAGGGACUGGUUUUAGCCUUAUGAUUCUUGUAGGUUUGAAUUUGUGGUUUGUAGGUUUUAGAGGCAGUAUUAGUGGCCAGUUGUUCAGCAUGCAGAAAAGUCAAGUCUGAUAUUUCAGGACCAGUGGUUUCCAUUUUUUUUUACAUGUCUGCAGCUUAUAGGUUUCGAUCAAGUGCUUUUUGAAGUGACUUAUUAUCAGAGAGAAAUUAGAAUUUUAAAAAUGGCUGUUUACAGAUUGGAGAGAAAUUCCUGUCAGAAAUUUUUCAAUAUGGUAAUGAUAAUAAUCAUUAGGGCAUUGACUUAACCACAACAGCAAAAAACUUCAGUAAAGAUGGAGAACCAUACCAACCAUUUAUAAAUGAAUACUUACAAUAACCUUCAACUAACAACAAGCAAUGGUAGUUUAUAAUACAGCUGUGGUUCACAGAAAUUAUAUGGGUGAAAACUCACAUCUGGAUUUGCCUCAUAUACUAUAGUUCCAAUAUGGUUAGGUAUGGUUAAGGUUUCUGUAUUAGGGCUUUUCCCAAUAUAAGCCCCUGGCUGGUGGUUUUUGUAAUUUUUUUUUUUCAAUUUCACCUUUUCAUCUACUUUGAAAAUCCAAAAAUUAGAUACUGGAUGGAAGAGCAAACUGCUCUUGUUCGGUAAAGGCCAUUGGAAAAGAAAUUGUUGCUGAUUUAUUGUAAAGCCUAUGAUGGGAAAGAUUAAAGAGAAUAAUGGAUACCACAGAGUUUUCUUUGCUCUUUCUCUAUCUCUCUCGCUUUUUUGUCUGUUUUUUGCUGUUUCCUACAUUAUAGUUUAGAAUCUGUAUCCGCAAACUGUAAAUGCCACCUCCACCUUAACUGAGAUAGCCCUUACACUUCAAUAGUUGUUCAAACUUUUGUAACUACACAUUAUAUUCACACUCUUUUGUAUUACUCUUUUCCUGCAACCAGGUUUGGAGGGGAGCUCUCUUACUUUCUGACUUUUUAAUUCACAAUGAAGAAAGGUACAAUCCUGUUACUAUGUCAUUUUUUCUCUUCAAGCAAGCCUUACGUUACCUGAUUUUUGUUGUUGUUGUUGGUUUACGGUUCUUACAAAAAAAGCCAUCAAAAAAAUUACUUCUUCCUGAUUCUGCAGAUUUAACAAGUGCAUUGCUUUGGAGCUUGGGGCAGGUCUUGGUUUAUGCAGUAUUGUAUUGGGAAGAGUGGCCAAAAAAGUGUUUUGCACAGGUAUGCUAAAAACUACUAGCGAGUUUUAGUGCCUACCAUGCGAGUUCUAGCUUUGGAAAUAACCAGUGUCACAACCGAGCAUGCAUGCAGUCUUAAAUGUCCACACCUGUUGUAGUCAUAGCGCAAUGUCUAUUUACCACAGUUUCAAGUAAAGCUUGAAUAAUUAUUAUAUGGAAUGAGGAACUUGUAAGAUGAUUGAAAUAAUUAAUAAAUCCUUCAUGUUGGUUUUUUAUAUUUCAUAUGCCUACUAUCGUCUUUUUAUGGUUCCAAGCAAAAUAUGGUUUAGGUACUUUCUUUCCUACCUAUCAUAACAUAAUGCAAACACAUUUUUGAUCUUUGCUGCUUUGUAAACCAGUAGGCAAAUGAAUUUAAAAGGGGCGUUACAUGAAUAAUUAGGUAUCUAAAGUCAACUGGUAGUUUUUCCAGUCUUCUGAACUGUUAAGAAUCACUGCUUUUUAUUUUAUUAGCCUUAGGUCACUAGGUUAUUUGCAUGAAAUGAUUUAAAUGUUACCUUGCCUUUGUAUUAUAUUAUCAGAUUCGAUGGAGAAUAUUCUUCGAUGUUGCGAGGACAACAUAACUGCAAAUUCGCAUCUCUUUAAGUACGGUAUGAGAGUGUUUAAGUAGUAUAUCUCAGGGGAGGAAAAUGUGGAAAGUUUUUCACAACAUGUGAAAAUGCAGAACCAAACAAAUCCAAAAUUGUUUUCGACACUAAAUUUAAUACUGGUCUAAGUACUUAAUUAUUCUAUUUUGCUAUUACAUAGGUUGUGACGUUGUUUCAGUGCGCAAGUUUGACUGGUUGGCAUCAGGGUUACCUACAGGUAGGUAUGCCGGCGUUUAGUUCCGCUUGGCCUUGUAAAUGUGUCACUUAUUUUACUUUGUUAACCGCCAAACAAAAUAUUUCCUAUUUUAUUUAGGUGAAGGUGAUUUCUGUUGGACGAAGGAAGAUCAAGAGGUUUUAAAAAACGUGACUGUAGUACUGGCCGCUGAUGGUGAGUUUGCCUUUCGCAUAUGCGAAGAAGCUGACCGGAGUAGCCUGAAUAAGUCAAUAAGUUCGUUUAGAGACAUAAGAAAAAAGGUAUCUAAACAAGCAGACCAUCAAUCCAUCAUAAAAUCCCGGUUAAAAAUUUUGAAAGUUCCACCUAUGAAGCAGAUCCAGUUUCUUUUAUUUUCUAUCUUAAGCUGAUGGAUUCUGACAAAUGUUUUGAUUUUAUAGUGAUAUAUGAUGAUUCGUUGACGGAUGCCUUCAUUGAAACAUUUCUGCGUCUCAUGGAAGCUAACAAACAGAUAACCCUUUUGUUGACCAUUGAAAGACGGUAAGUUUGACUGAAAAGAAAAUCAUUCCCUUGUGAUUCUAAUGGUUUGUUUCUAACCCUUGGACUAAAAGUCUGCCUCAAUGCCUGGUAAGCCUGGUAACCCUAGUUCAAUCAGAUUUAACGGGGUUUUGAAAACGAUAAGCAACAUUGAAAGCCUGGAUAACCCUAGUUUCACGAGGCUUUUGAGGUAAACUUCAGACUUAACAAAACAACGAGGUUUACUGCAGGGACACGCAGCAAAAGAGUUAAAUUCCAUUUAAUAAACCUCCUCGACUGAAAAGCGUGCAGAGGUAGCUAUUUAGGUACAUUGUGUGUCUCAGGGUCAUGACUUUGGAGUUGGUUUUGAAUUAAACACUUUUAGCUGAAUGAGUGCCUUUCCUAUCUGAUCACGUUCUUUAUCUGAUUAUUGCUUUUAGUUUAAACUUCACCCUCGAGGAGCUUGCUGUGACAUCCCCAGCAUACAAUUAUUUUCUUAGCAGAAUAAAAGAGUUGGAAACCAAAGAGCAAAGACUAUCAACAAGAAAGCUUGACAUAGACUUUCCCAACUACCUUCAGUACGAGAGAGUAAAGGAACUGGUAAACUUUGCCUUUCGCUUCUUUUUAGUAACUUGUACAUUAUGAACAGCAGUUUAGCCUUGUUGAAUGUAGAGAGAGCAACGGACAAAAACAGGGAAAAUAGGGAAAACACUUUCUAACUUACAUGCUAUCUUUUAUUCAUCUCAUUUUUUUAGGAGCUGUGGGAAAUUAAACCAGCUUGA